GGGAGGGCCCGCCCCGCGCCCGGCCCGCCCCCACGCUCCGGGCGCUCCCGCAGUCGCGCCCCAAGGUCGGUCAGUGCCGCGGCGGGGCCGGCGCCGGCGGCACGGCUGGAGGGAUUCCAUACGUGGCAAGGAGCCUGCAGGGAGGUCUGGGCGAGAUGGCGAGCCUGCUGCGCGCUGCUGUCAGCGGGUGCUCGGCUCCUGUUUUUGGCAACGUGUUACCACCUAAAGCACAUUCUGCAGCAAUGCCUUACUUGCGAAUGUUUAGAACCCAGCAGAUGCUCAUGUCUCAGGCAGCUCCGAAGCCAGGAAUUCCUUAUAAGCAGCUGACUGUAGGUGUCCCCAAGGAGAUAUUUGAGAAUGAGAAGAGAGUGGCUCUAUCACCGGCUGGAGUUCAAGCCUUGGUCAAACAAGGUUUCAAUGUUGUGGUGGAAUCUGGUGCUGGAGAAGCUUCCAAAUUUUCUGAUGACCAUUACAGAGAAGCUGGAGCAAAGAUCCAGGGGACCAAGGAAGUCCUGGCUUCUGAUUUGAUUGUCAAAGUGAGGGCUCCUAUACAUAACUCAGCUCUAGGUGUACAUGAGAUAGAUCUUUUUAAGACAUCGGCUACCCUGAUUAGUUUUAUCUACCCGGCACAAAAUCCAGACCUCCUGAAAAAACUUGCAGAAAAAAAGGCUACUGUCUUGGCUAUGGAUCAGGUUCCACGGGUCACCAUUGCUCAGGGAUAUGAUGCACUUAGCUCCAUGGCCAACAUUGCUGGUUACAAGGCUGUGGUACUUGCAGCAAAUCACUUUGGUCGCUUUUUCACGGGUCAGAUCACAGCUGCUGGUAAAGUUCCUCCAGCAAAGGUCUUGAUCAUUGGAGGAGGAGUUGCUGGCCUGGCCUCUGCAGGAGCAGCUAAAUCAAUGGGUGCAGUGGUUCGUGGAUUUGAUACUAGAGCUGCAGCUCUGGAACAGUUUAAGUCUCUUGGUGCUGAGCCUUUGGAAGUAGACGUAAAGGAAUCUGGAGAGGGACAAGGUGGUUAUGCUAAAGAAAUGUCCAAGGAAUUUAUUGAGGCUGAAAUGAAACUCUUUGCCAAACAGUGCCAAGACGUUGAUAUUAUCAUCACUACAGCACUUAUCCCAGGCAAAAAAGCUCCCAUCUUGUUUAAGAAAGAUAUGAUUGAAUCAAUGAAGGAAGGUUCAGUUGUGGUGGAUUUAGCUUCAGAAGCUGGGGGAAACAUUGAGACUACAAAGCCUGGAGAGUUGUAUAUUCAUAAGGGUGUUACACACAUUGGCUACACAGACCUGCCUAGCAGAAUGGCUACUCAGGCCAGUAGUCUGUAUUCCAAUAAUAUUAUCAAACUCUUAAAGGCUAUUAGUCCUGACAAAGAGAACUUUUACUUUGAUCCAAAAGAUGAAUUUGAUUAUGGGACUCUGGAUCAUGUUAUUAGAGGAACUGUAGUAAUGAAGGAUGGCAAGGUGAUUUUCCCAGCACCUCCACCAAAUAACAUUCCUCAAGGAGCCCCUGUGAAGCAGAAGACGGUAGCAGAGCUGGAAGCAGAAAAAGCAGCUACUAUUACACCUUUUAGAAAAACUAUGACUAGUGCAUCUGUAUACACAGCAGGUUUAGCCAGCAUGUUAGGACUGGGCAUUGCAGCUCCUAAUGCUGCUUUCACACAAAUGGUGACGACAUUUGGCCUUGCUGGAAUAGUGGGGUAUCAUACAGUGUGGGGUGUGACUCCUGCCCUACACUCUCCACUCAUGUCAGUGACUAAUGCUAUCUCAGGACUAACUGCAGUCGGUGGGCUGGUAUUGAUGGGAGGAAACUAUCUCCCUGAAAACACUCCUCAAAGUUUAGCAGUGCUUUCAACCUUUAUCUCUUCAGUUAAUAUUGCAGGUGGUUUUCUGGUUACACAGAGAAUGCUGGAUAUGUUCAAGCGUCCCACAGAUCCUCCUGAGUACAACUACUUGUACUUACUACCUGGUGGUGUAUUUGUAGGAGGCUAUGCAGCUGCUCUCAGUGGUGGCUAUAACAUUGAACAGAUUAUGUAUCUAGGCUCAGGCUUAUGUUGUGUUGGUGCCCUGGCUGGUCUGUCCACCCAAGGAACAGCUCGUCUUGGAAAUGCUUUGGGUAUGAUUGGUGUUGCAGGAGGUUUAGCAGCAACUCUUGGAGGCCUUAAACCCUCACCUGAAUUGCUGGCACAGAUGUCAGGUGCAAUGGCACUUGGUGGUACCAUAGGUUUGACAAUUGCUAGACGCAUCCAGAUUACAGAUCUGCCCCAGCUCGUGGCUGCUUUCCAUAGCUUGGUUGGGUUGGCUGCUGUGCUCACCUGUGUAGCAGAAUACAUAAUUGAAUAUCCUCACUUUGCUGUUGAUCCUGCUGCAAACCUUACCAAGAUUGUGGCAUACCUUGGCACAUACAUUGGUGGAGUGACUUUCAGUGGCUCUCUUGUUGCUUAUGGAAAACUGCAAGGUAUCCUGAAUUCAGCACCACUGCUCCUGCCUGGUCGACAUGCGUUGAAUGCAGGAUUGCUGGCUGCAAGUGUUGGUGGAAUGAUUCCAUACAUGAUUGAUCCUAGUUACACUACGGGAAUUACUUGCUUAGGUUCUGUGUCAGCUCUCUCAGCCAUUAUGGGUGUCACUUUAACAGCAGCUAUUGGAGGUGCUGACAUGCCUGUAGUUAUUACUGUCCUGAACAGUUAUUCUGGAUGGGCUUUAUGUGCUGAGGGCUUCCUACUGAACAACAACUUACUGACCAUUGUUGGUGCACUCAUUGGCUCCUCUGGCGCCAUCCUUUCUUACAUCAUGUGUGUGGCUAUGAACCGUUCCCUUGCAAACGUGAUUCUUGGGGGCUAUGGCACCACAUCAACAGCUGGUGGGAAGCCCAUGGAAAUUACUGGAACUCACACAGAAAUAAAUGUGGACAAUGCAGUUGAAAUGAUAAAGGAAGCCAGUAAUAUUAUUAUUACUCCAGGUUAUGGUUUGUGUGCAGCAAAAGCUCAGUACCCCAUAGCUGAUCUGGUGAAGAUGUUGAGAGAACAAGGGAAAAAUGUCAGAUUCGGAAUUCACCCUGUGGCUGGCCGCAUGCCUGGUCAGCUGAACGUACUACUAGCAGAAGCUGGUGUUCCCUAUGAUAUUGUACUGGAAAUGGAUGAGAUCAAUGAAGACUUCCCAGAUACUGACUUGGUCCUUGUAAUUGGUGCAAAUGAUACAGUUAAUUCAGCAGCUCAGGAAGAUCCAAACUCUAUUAUAGCUGGAAUGCCAGUUCUUGAGGUCUGGAAGUCCAAACAGGUCAUUGUAAUGAAGAGGUCUUUGGGAGUUGGUUAUGCAGCGGUGGACAAUCCGAUCUUCUAUAAACCCAAUACUGCCAUGUUGUUGGGAGAUGCUAAGAAAACUUGUGAUGCCCUGCAGGCCAAAGUCAGGGAAUCGUAUCAAAGCUAAAUACCAAUUUAUAUGCAACUCAUGAUUGCAACUACAGUUGUGUCACAGAGGUCAUAGAAAACAGAAGAAUCUCUUGCUGUCAUAAUGCAGCCGGCAUUUGGAGAAGACCGCAUUGACUCUUAGGAGAUGUAGUUCAGUUAGGGAAUGUAGCCUUCUAUGAAAGGAUGGGCAAGUUAGCUCUUCAAACUACAUCUCCCAUGAGGCAAUGCUUUAAAGAACAACAGUGUGCUUUUUUAGGUUAAAAUUGAUCUGUUAGAGGCAGGAACUAGUAGCUUGUGAUCAUCUUUAAAUCAUUAUUGGCUUCCUCCUUCUAACUGUCUGUACUUCUGUCAUGGAAAUUCACUAAAAAAUACUGGGCCAAAAUUGUAUUCUGGGUUACCAUUAAAGCUGUUCUUUGGCCAGUAUGGACAAAACAACUAUUUCAUCAAAACUUAAGACAAAUAGAUGCAAGCAGAUUCAAAUAGAUGCUUACAUGAUUUGAGGUUCUAAACAUAAUGUUCUGUUUAAUCUCUGUAGAAAAAUUGAACUGUUUCAUUUGGGGAUUGUUUAAUCUCUGUAGAAAAACCGAACUGUUUCUUUUGGGGAUUGUUUAACCUCUGUAGAAAAAUUGAACUGUUUCUUUUGGGGAUUGUUUGGAUGCUGUGAGUCAGGAACAACUUAAGAAAGCUACUUUUCUUUAAAAUACAGUUCCACUUUUAUUUGUAGUGCCUAGUUACAUGCUGUAAAAUGAAACACAGUAUUUCAGGGACCUACCAAGUGAUCUUCAAGCCUGAUAAGGAAAUGUACACUUACUUGCACUGCUUAACUGUUUUAAGCAGCUGCUAAAUUCUCCAUCUUCUCCAUUUGUUGCCUUUUUAAGUGUCUGAUGAAAAAUAUGGUCCAGUUCUAUGCAGGCAGAACAUCUUGCCUACCUGAUCUGUUCACAGAAUUUGGACCAUGGUGUUUCAGUUUAUGUCCACUUAGACUUUUAACUGUAUUUGCUACUUUAAAUUUAGUGAUGCUUUGUUAAUUAACAUUUUUGUGAUGCUGGAAAAGGCACUUCUGAACAUAUUUACGAUGCUGGAGUUUAUUAGGAUUUCUCUUUAAGUAAAUAAGUUAUUGUUUGGACAGCACAGAAAAAUGUACCAAACUUGAAAUCCAGUGUUUUGAUUAUUUGACUUCUUCCUAAUCUAAUUAAAAGCACUCUUAAAUUCCCAUAGCAAGUUCAGCAAAAAAUUAAAUUAUGACACAGAUUGCCAUUUUGUUUUUAUUAUGUUAAGUGUACUUGAGUGGAACUCAAAUAUUUGCCUAUUAAAAUGAAUUUAUCAUGUUUCCAUACUAAUGUAGCAACUGUCCAUGAUGACGAAGGCUGAAUAGAAAUAGCCGUACUUGUGUUAGAAAACAUUCGUAUUUGGGGAAGACAAACUAUUUUGAAUUAAAUCUUGAAAUUAAUCCAUAUUAAUUGAUAGAACAAACAUUUUUUUAUUACACCAUGUAUACAGACCUCAUACAGUAUAGUAUUUCUAGUUAGCUACCUCUGGUUUUAUGUGAAGAUCACUUAAAACACUGUAAACAGGUAAUGCAUUAAGAAAUGUUAACAAUGUAUGAAAGAAGCUAUCCUUUUUGCAAAUCUCUUUUAUAUAAUUUGAAAUAAAAAAUAUCAGGUAAGCAUUAAUAUGUUGUACACUGCAGGAAAAGACUUCUAAUUAAAUUUUAAUUUAAAACAUCACGGCAGCUACAUUUGAAUGGACCUUCUUGAUUUCAUUGUAUUCAACUUUUUUUAGGUCUGCAAAAAAUGGGAGGUAAGUGGGACAAGAGAAAAGACUAGAAGAUAAGCCUUUUUCUCCCUCCCUCCCAACUAAACAAAAGGGGAUUUGAAGGGAUUUAACAUCCUAAAGUAUUAAUUUUUGUAUUGUCAAACUUGAAGUAUUUUAACUGCGGUAUGCAACAUGUCUGUGCUUGUAAGUAGCUAUUAUAAGAAUUAGUUUUUCAUUUGUAUUUGGAAAAACCCCCAUACUGUUAUGUUGGAUCAGAGGUACCAGUGUUACCUUUAAAACUGUGCUUUACUAUGGAACACCAGGCAAUUGUUGAAGUGCUAAUAAAAUUAUGAUUAUUUUUA